AUGGGCUGGCAAUGCGCCAUUGUGUCGAUCGCCUAUUUGGCUGGAACUAUCAUCCAAGGCCUGGUCGUGCUGAACAACCCGAACUAUGACUUCCAGCGGUGGCACGGCACCCUGCUGGUGAUCGCCAUCACCAUGUUUUCGAUCAUAUUCAACACCUUUUUGGCCAAGCGGCUGCCCUUCGUAGAGGUGUUGAUUCUGAUCCUGCAUGUGUGUGGCCUGUUCGCUAUCAUAAUUCCGCUGUGGGUGCUGGGCCCUCGCCGCAGCGCGAAGCAGGUGUUUACCGAAUUCAACAACGGCGGAGCCUGGGACAGCGCCGGGACUGCCACGCUCGUUGGAUUCUCGACCACCAUCACGGCGCUGAUUGGAUAUGAUUGCGCGGUGCAUAUGUCGGAGGAGAUCAAAGAUGCGUCUGAUACCCUGCCAAAGGCGAUGAUCACCUCUGUCUGCGUCAACGCCGCCUCCGGUUUCCUGAUGCUGGUGACCGUCUGCUUCACGCUAGGCGACAUUGAUGACAUCCUUUCCACACCAACAGGGUACCCGUUCAUGCAGGUGUUCUACAACGCGACGGAGAGUCUGCCGGGAACGAACACCAUGACCGCCAUUCUGGUGCUGACCCUGACGGCGAGCACGAUCACAGAAGUAGCAACGGCAUCACGCCAGUUAUGGUCUUUCGCGCGUGAUCGCGGGCUUCCUUUCUCCGACUUCUUCGGAUAUGUAAACCCUAGCUGGAACAUUCCCUUGAACGCUGUGAUGGUCUCGCUGGCAGUGACAGUCCUCUUGUCGCUCAUCAACAUCGGCUCCACAACGGCGCUUCUCGCCAUCGUGACCUUGACUAUCGGCGCAAUGAUGUCCUCGUACAUCAUCACGAUUGCCUGCUUGCUCCUCAAGCGUAUCAGAAGGGAGCCACUCCCACCGCACCGAUGGACGCUCGGCCGGUUCGGUAUGGCAAUCAACAUCGGGGCGCUGUGCUUCCUGUGCCCGGUGUUCGUAUUUGCCUUCUUCCCGCUCACCUCGACGGUGGAACCAGACACCAUGAACUGGUGCGCAGUGAUAGCACGAUUUGGUCUCCAUGCCGCAAUGGCCAUCAAAGUGCCCCCCGGCCAGUCGCCGCCUUUCGAGACGAUAGACGACAAGCACCAUGCCGGUAUUAUCAUCAUCACCGGCGCCAUCUGUCUGAUGAUCUCGCUGGUCUGUCUGCUGAUCCGGGUGUACGUGCGGGUAUUCCUCAAUCCACCAUGGGGAUCAGACGAUAUCAUCCUGCUGGGAGCGACGAUCUUCGCCAUCGCCGAGUCGAUCAUCAUCUUUCACGCCGCGAGCAUCGGCUUUGGGACGGACAUAUCGCUACUCACCGAGAAGGCCGUUGAUCGCAUACAGAAUUCCUUAUUCGCGGCCGACAUCCUCUACCUCUUAACCCUGUACCUCUCUAAAUGCUGCAUCAUCGCCAUCUACUUGCGCUUGACGCCCCGCGAGCACCACAAGAGCAUCCUCUGGGCGACGUUCGGGCUCAGCACAGUGGGUGUUAUCGUGUCGGUGCUGGGAAUCGCAGUGAACUGCGAAGGGAACAAACCGUGGGCUGUACCUGGCGAGCAGUGUCAUAACCUUUUCCCCCGCUGGCAAGCAAUCGCCGCGCUCGACAUCUCGACCGAAAUCUUGCUUUUCACCUUCUCCAUCGCACUGGUCUGGGGCCUGCAGAUGCGCAUCUCACAUAAAAUCGUGAUCAUGGUAUCCUUCGCGGCGAGACUACCGUUAAUUAUAUUCUCCGCCCUCCACCUCUCCACCCUUAAAGAAUACACAACUACCAAGAACCCCACCCUCACCGCAAUCAGCCACACGGUCUUCACCCAGCUUCACCUCAACUACGCCAUUAUAACAUGCACGGUAUUCUGCCUGCGCCCCUUUAUGAACGCCCUCACAACAUACUACGGCACAGCCGGCGACUCUAACCUCGGCAGCAGCAGCGGUGGCUACGGUACGGGUGAGAAAAGUGAAGGCCGAGAGGACACAGAUGAGUGCUGUUUGCUGAACGACUAUUAUCUUCAACAUGGCCGUCUGGUCAUUUAA